AUGAAGAUCACAGUGAUUAUCGUUGCAAUGGUGUUAAGUUUAGUAUGCGGUGAAGACGACGGCCGCUACCGACCUGAUGUGAACGCGAAUUAUGGAAGAUAUCGCUAUUCUGGUGACGGCAGUUAUUACAAUCCUUUUGGAAGAUACAAUAACUACUUCAGAAACAAUGCACGAUACCAGAAUAAGCCGUAUCAGGAGUUAUUGACUCCUUACAAUGCUAUUGCAGAGAAAAGCAAUCCUCCGCAGGUGGCUGUAACGUAUCGGCCAAUUGAAGUCAAGACCACCACCACAAGUUCAGCUUACACUUUGGCUUCAAAAAGCACAGUACAACCUACCACACUACCAGUAUUCCAAAGAAGUAAUCUCCCAGAAGGCAAUGCCAGGAUCGUUAGUCAGGAUAGUGAUUUUGACGCGAACAACUAUCGCUUCAGCUACUUAACGGAGAACGGGAUUAGUGCAGGGGAAUCUGGCGUGGUUGAGCCUGGUGAAAAUGCUGGAACCAGGGUGACAGGUUUCUACGAGUACAUCGGCGCCGAUGGCCUCAAAUAUAGAAUCGAUUACACAGCUGAUGAAAAUGGCUUCCACCCAAGCGGAGCUCAUCUGCCU